AGAAACCCCUUUAGCUCCUCCUAAUAUCAACACAGACAAGCAAGGAUUGAAGCACACACAAGAGCAGGAGAGCAAGAGUGGAUGUGCAGCAUGACUCUGGCUCAUAGGAUUCACUGGCAUGUUCUGCUCCUCUUCCUGGCAAGCCUCCGGGGACAGUGCAGGUACAUACAGGUAAGAGAUGCGACAGAAGAUGCCCUGAUUGUUUUGAACACAGAUUUUAAAAGGGAAUUAUCUCAAGAACAGAUUUAUAGAAGGUCACUCAGGUGCAUUGACAUGUUAAGUAUAGAUGGACAGUUCACAUUUAAAGCAGAACAACCUCAAUUGCACUGUGCUCUGUUUCUCAUUGGGGACCCAGAGGAAUUUAUCACUAUUGAAUACAACUUUGUAAAUAUAGAUUGCCUUGGAGGAGACAUACUAAAGGUUUUUGAUGGCUGGAUCAUUAAAGGAGAGAAGUUUCCUAGUUCAUUGGACCACCUCCUCUCCACCAGUGAGCGAUACAUCGAUAUAUGCGAAGAUGGCAACAUGCAAAGUAUCACAAGGUCAUCUCAGAAUGUGGCAAUGAUUUUCUUCAGAGUUCACAAGCCAGGCCAUGGCUUCACAUUGACAAUACGCAAGACUCCUAAUCUGUUCCCAUGCAAUGUAAUCUCCCAGUCACCAAGUGGAAAAUUUACCAUGAUCAUCCCCCAUCAACACAGAAACUGCAGUUUUUCUAUUAUAUACCCAGUUGUGAUGAAAAUAUCUGAUCUGACCCUGGGUCACUUUAAUGAGCUACAGUUAAAGAAGCCACCACCAAGAGGAUGCGGGGGAGCUGGAGACUUUGUAGAACUCUUGGGUGGUACUGGAUUAGAUCCAUCAAAUAUGUUUCCAUUAGCUGACCUCUGUCAUUCAUUUCAUGGAUCUGCCCAAAUGAAGAUUGGAUGUGACAACAGCGUGUUACGAAUGGUUUCAAGUGGCCAAUAUAUUAACCGGGUGACAUUUGAAUACACACAUCUGGACAGACAACUGGAAAGACAGCAGGGAAAUAGCGUAGAAGAGGUCUGCUCUCCAAUUGAUUGAUCUUGCAUUUUUUUCCCUAAUUACAAAGCAUUAUUUUCAAAUAAACAGAAUCAUAAUUAUUCAUUUGCAAAAA